AUGGAUGAAGAAGAAGAAUGCGGUACGUUCCUGGAGAUGCGUGACAUCCAAUUCCGUUCCCAAACCUCGCCCUUUCACGUCCGCGUGGAAACUACGGACGACGACGUGCCGUUCACCCUUCGGGUGGAACACAAAGAGACGAAACACCAAUGGACGGGCACAGUCAAAGACACCAGUGAGUACACUCCGAAAGAUGCGAGCUACGUCUUGCCAUCGUUUGUGGUCGUCGCUGCUCUGCUGACCGGAUUACCAGCCUGCAGAGUGCCCAACCACAAAGAACCUGGCAUCGAUUUGGACUUGAUCAACGAGGGGGAGACGACUGGCCUCAUGUACAUGGUGCUGCGAAUGAAGGCCUUUGGAGUAUUCGAAGCCGAGUACCAGUUUCCAUUGAAGCCUGUGGAAAUGACACGAGCGACAAAGGCGGAGUCUAAACUCCGCGACUUGUACGAACGCGUGGACCAACUGCAGACCAAUGUGAAUGCUGUGCAGCUGACGAUCCAACAACUGUACACUGAACUGGACGAAUUCCGCAACCACAUGCGCUCGUGA